GUCGCAGGAAUUCAAAGUAUUCACGAAUAAGAUUAUUGAGAAUGAUAAUGAUAGACCCAGUCGAUUCCUGCCACAUUGGUUGAACCCCCGGGCAGCCUCGGGCCCAGGCAACCCUCGACGCGACCAGACGCACGGCCUUCAAUACCUGCAGCAUCAACACCAACCUGCCAUUGCCAGGCUUCAAUGCCUCCCUCCUCCGUCGAAACCCUCCUAGACUUCCUCAAUGACCAUUCCCCAUCGCCCUUCACCUCCUCCGACAUAGCAUGGGCCUUCGACCACCCCGACACCGCGCGCAUCCUCUCAGCGCUGACUGCAGACUUCCUACUAAAUCGGGAGAAUGUAUUGGGGAAAGAUGAGCUCGCUUUGUACGAGAGGCUGGCUACGAGCGGAAAUGCGCAAGUGUCUAAGAGUGGUGAGCAUGAGAUGAAAGGGGAGUUGAGGACGGAAGACGAGUUUGAGGUUCUUGCUCGUGAUUUGAGGACGCGGGCGUCGGUGUUGACACGGCAUACGACUGUUUUGACACAACACAACUCGAAUUUGUCCGACACGAUCAUAUCCGCUCUAUCCGCCCGAACCGAAACCGCGAAAUCGCAGAACGACGCGCUAAAGACACGGACAGAGGAACUUACGGGAUCGACUACAACCCUCCUCGCAGACCUCGAACAAGUCCGUGCCGAAUCCCGAAAACUCCUGUCUGAACUUCACCAAUCCUCCCAGAAAUCAUGGUCAGAACACCUCUCCUCGCACGAACCCACACUCCAAGACCUCUUCAAAACCGACGCCGCACUCCUUUCUCUCUGUUCCGAGAAUUGCGCGACGAGUGAUGAGGUGGUAAGCAAGAAAGAUGUCGAAGAGUUAGUUGAGGCGAUGGAUGGGGCGCAGAGUGAGGCGGUCAAGGCACGUGUGGAUGUUGCGUUUUUAUCUGCAUACCUCAAUCCUUCCACUCAUGGCAAGUAUGCCAACGACGAAGUCACCCCGGACAUGCUCGAGAGCGAUUUACGAGAUUUGUUGGACUCGAUUUCGGCCUUGACGCUCGACCACUCAUUGCGCACGAUCCACACACCCCUCCUCCCACUACUAUCCCAAGUCACGACCGCGCGCUUAACGAACCAUGGACGGGAUGUGGAAGAGGCGAUGAACGCAUUGGAGUGCUUAGUGGGAAGGAUGGCGGCUGUGGAUGGAGCCAGAAGGGAUGUCGAUGCGAGGGAUGAGGUUAUCGCUGAAGUGUGCAGGUUGGGAGCAGCGGAGCUCGCAAAAGCCGUCCCUACGCCUUCUCCUCCGUCCGUGACGAAUACACGAGCGGAGAAUGGACGAAAAAAAGUCCCGAAAGACAUCCGGUCAAAACUCACCUCCACACAACGCGAAACUCUUUCCCAUCUCACACAGCAAACCACCUCUACCCUCUCGCUCUCCUCGCGCACCCUCCGCUCUCUCCGAAAUGCGCUAUACGCCUCUUCUGCCACCUCUUCCAAACCGAAGUAUGUCGAUGGAGAGGUUUGGCGGGAGGUGGAGACUGUUAGGAGGGGUGUUGAUGGGGUUAGGGAGGGGAUGGGUGAGGUACUGAGGCAGGUUGGUGGUGAGGAGGGAAGGAGGAGGAAGGAUGUUGGAAGGGUUAUUAGAAGGUGGGGGUGAUAGAGCCACGUCGGUAAAGAAAAUAAAUUCAAUAACCAAAUGCAG